CACAAACAUAAGCCUUAGAUUAUAAAUAAUCCAGCAGCGCCAAUACCAAUCCGCAACCACGCCUUUAUUUAGGCUCUACAAGCAUACGCAAGGUAGCCACAGUUACAAGCAGCAGCGGAUCUACUUUAGCUUCGUGUUACCUGCUGCGUUCUAGACCGCAAAAUAUACUGUUCGCCCUGGCUGUCAGUUGCUUUGGCUGUUUCCUAGUGUCCAUUGUCCCUGGACACUGAACUUUGCUUUUGGGCGCCCACUUAAAUCUUGAUUGAAGCAGCGCUUGUGAGCCGGAUACUUACUUGCUCACGGUGUGCUGCCUCUGGCUUCGGCUUUUUCCUGAACGCUAACCGAUGGCAAGGCUCCUUAAGCAUGUUAGCGCCUCCCUAAGGGGGAGGACGCAUGACGAGGACGAUACGGCAAUGAGAGAACGGGGUGCUACCGGAGUCUUCAGGAACCUUGCGUUCCAAGAAGAGACGGAUGAGACUGCUGUCACGCCAUAUGGGAAGGCUGCGGCGUCGUUGGACAACAACAGGAAGAGCAUGAUUACAACAAGCAACGAAACCACCACAUCCAUGGAUGUCUCGCCUCGGUCACGCGAUUGCGGGCAAGGAGCUACAAUGUGGGCGAGUCCCCAAACCUCUUCGGCUGCCAGCAAACGGGCGAGCGGUUACUCAGCCCCAGCAAAAGCUCCAGCCCGAACCUCCUCGGCCGUCAAGCGAGGGAAGAAUUCGACGUUAGUCCAGGAGAUCACCUCGCUUGAUAAAGAAGCCAUGGACGAGCUCUCUGAGUCGGAGGAUGGCGACGCCAUCGCCGUAUCCAACUGGCACGGGCCCACAGCCACCAUCACCAGCAGCUCGGUCCGCGUGUGGGAGGAGGAGAUUAAGCGGUUACUGCUCGCGGGGAGGCACGAGGAGGCCAUGCGUUGGGCGGCGCCGUCGGACGGCAUGGUUCGCUGCACCAUGCGCCGCAUUAAGAACUUCCUCGGCAACACCCUCGUCUACCACCUCCACCUGGAGAGCGGUGACACCUUCCUGAUGGCUGCCCGCAAACGCAAGAAGUCAAAGGCCUCCAACUUUGUCUUAUCCACGAGCCUGGGGGAGCUGGGCAGGGAUUCGGAGCACGUGGUCGCGAAGCUCCGCGCCAACUUUGUCGGCACGGAGUACAGCUUGGUCAGCCGCGCUGCCGCGGGGCAGCAAGGCGGCCGCAUCGCGCCUCCCUCGGACACCUUCGCCCGGGAGGACCUGGCGGUGCACUACAAGCAGACUGCGCUUGCCUCCAAGGGCGGGCCGCGCGUGAUGCUGGUUGCGACGCCCCUGCCGGAGGCCAACUGGGCUCCAUGCGCAUCGGACGGGUCGGAUUCCCUGGCGAGCUGCCUUGACGCAGCGCGGCGACACGAGCUCGCACCGCGGUUGGAGCGGCAGCUGUGCAUGCUCGCGACGCGGCCGCCGGAGUGGGACCCCGCGGCCAAGUCGUACACGUUGGAUUUCCAGGGUCGCGUGCGCGCCUCGUCAGUGAAGAACUUCCAGCUGGUGCACUGGGACCACAACACGGACCGCAAGGGUUCGGACCUGGUGCUGCAGUUUGGAAAGAUGAACAAGGGCAGCGAGGACUUUGCGCUUGACUUCACGUACCCGCUCAACCUCCAGAAAGCGUUUGGGAUUGCGCUGGCGAGCACGGACUCGAAGCUGUGCUACGCGCUCUAGUAGUGGGUUGGGGGGUUAGGAAGCCGCGGGUGGGAAGCUGCAGGGGUACAGGUGCGUGUAUGUGUCUGCGGAUGCUGGUUGAUGUUGACGACAACCACGGUAUGAUAAUGACGACGACGCAUGCAUGGGUCGGGUUACGUGGUGCAAUCCCAUGUGAGAUUCACCGCUGGCCAGAGACCUCGUGUCGAAAGUAUAGCGGUGUAUGGUGACGCGUUGUGACAACUGUUGCAGGAGGAGCGGCGGUAUACGGCCUCAGGUAUUCAGAUUGUGAUCAUGGAUGCUUCGCCGGUUGUGCAGUGGGAUGCAUGGAAUAUACUGUAUGUGAGCGUGAAGGUGGUGGUGAAGGAGAUGCGUGGGGAUAUAUGCAAGGCGGCACUUUAUCGUAACGCUGUGCAUUGCUUCAUGGCUUCGAAGUGCAUUCACUGAACGGCGUGACACCCCCUCCCUGCGCUUAGGACGUGUGCAGUAAGCUACGGCUUGUGUGUCGCCCUUGAAACAUGUUUCCCCAUAUUCGUUGUGUGCUUGCAAGCUCAGUGGUGUUCACCUUGCCGGGGAUAUUAAACAUCUAAGCAGGCAGUCCUUUGGUGCUGCAGCAAUGGCACCGCUGGUGUGUGAAGCAAGGAUUCUGUUCUGGGCACAGGUUCCCCAAAUACAGAUCUUUUAAUGUGUUGGUUCAGCGUCUUCGGGCGAAGACGCAAUGACUGCUUAUUAACGGUCAUACGGUCAAACCGUACAUUACAGCGACGCAUUAUUGUCGUAUUGUAGUAUUUAUGGUAGGUUUAUAUCGUUGCGGUUAUAUGCCCGGGUGCUUCGACGUACCCAGAAUGGCUCACUUUUGACACUGUGACACUCGGUACAUGAGACAACAGACUGUGCCUUGUGCUCGCUUGCUGCGUGGAUGCACUGUGUGGGAGGUAGGGUCCUGCGGUGAGCCUGGAUGUGUCCGUGUAUCGCAUGAGUCUGAUGUCUGUUUGUACUUUCAGCCUUUCCAUACCUAAAUUGUGACAUACGGGGCAAGGAACAGGCUUCUUGUGGCAGGAGUAUCUUGGACUAGUUCCAGCGCUGGCAAAAGCACUUGGGCCUACGCCAUUUUUGAAAGCCCUGUGCGGGCGAGGGGCUGGCUGCAUGUGUGGGAAUGAAUGGAUGACCUUUUCUAUAUACGCAACAAAUGAUUAUCCGCAGUCAAAGGUACAAGAAGUGUGUGAGGUUAGUUACGGGUGUGCGGAUCAUGCAUGCCAUUGCAUUGGGCCGCAAGAAGAACGGCAACCACGGAACUCUGUCCUGUAACCUGAUGGGAUUGACAAA